AUGUCUCUGCCCACAGAGUUCAAGCUCAACACGGGCGCUUCCAUCCCUGCUAUUGGUCUUGGCACAUGGCAGGCCAAACCCGGCGAGGUGGGCCAGGCCGUCCUGCAUGCGUUGAAGUGCGGCUAUCGGCAUCUGGACUGCGCGUUUAUCUACCAGAAUGAGAAGGAAGUUGGCGAGGCAAUCAAGGCGUCCGGCAUCCCGAGAGAGGAGAUUUUCAUCACUAGUAAAGUGUCCGUGUCGCCAUAUCAUAUCCCUCUGCUCAUGGAGGUAAUCACAUCAGGUGCAAUAGCUGACGUGAAGCAGGUGGAACACUUACCAGCCCAACGUCGCUGCCGGGCUGGAGCAGACGUUGAAGGAUCUCCAGACGGAUUAUCUGGAUCUGUAUUUGGUGCACUGGCCGGUGUUCACAGCCGCCUCGUCCCCAACGAGACAUCCGCGCUCUUCCCCACCAACCCAGACGGCACCCGCGCUGUCGACCGUUCCUGGAACCAGCAGGACACCUGGCGCCAGAUGGAGGAGUUGUACCGCGCCGGCAAGGUGAAGGCCAUCGGCGUGUCGAACUUUAGCAUCCCGUACCUGGAGCACCUGGAGAAGACGUGGACGGUCGUGCCGGCUGUUAAUCAGGUCGAGCUCCACCCGUACUGUCCCCAGCACAAACUGAAAAAGUGGUGUGAAGACAAGGGCAUCCUCCUGGAGGCGUACUGCCCUCUGGGCUCGACGAACUCUCCCCUCCUCUCCGACCCCGAAAUCGGCGCCAUCGCAGCGAAAUACAACGUCUCGCCCGCCACGAUCCUCAUCUCCUACCAGGUCAACCGCGGCUGCGUCGUGCUGCCCAAAUCCGUCAACCCUAGUCGAAUCGAGGAGAACUUCAAAGUGAUCCCGCUGGCAAAGGAGGAUAUGGAGGUGCUAGAGGGGAUGGCAGCAAAGGGGAAGCAGCAGCGGGUGAAUACGCCUGCGUGGGGCCAUGAUUUGGGCUUCGACGACUGGUACGGCCCGGGGAAUAAGAAUGCGCCGAAAUAG